AUGGCAGACAUGUGGAAUGUCACUGAGGACAUUGCUUCCAACGUUAAACCUAGUGAACUGUCUAAGUAUUCCCCUGGUCUACUAACAUUCGCAGCUAUCGUGACUGGCUUCAUAAUGCUCAUAGGACUGUUCGGCAACCUGUUAACGGUGGUCGCACUCCUCAAAUGUCCAAAAGUCAGAAAUGUUGCAGCCGCUUUCAUUAUAAGUCUAUGCAUUGCUGAUUUUCUCUUCUGUGCUAUGGUGCUGCCCUUUGCUAUUUCUGGUUUCUGGACACGGACCUGGUCACACGGCGGAGUUUUGUGUAAAUUGGUGCCUUUUCUUCGCUACGGGAACGUCGGUGUCUCUCUAUUGAGCAUAGCUCUUAUUACUUUGAACAGGUAUAUAAUGAUAGCACACCACAGCUGGUAUUCACGAGUCUAUAGAAAACACAACAUCGCUCUCAUGAUAGUAUUUUCGUGGAUGUUUUCUUACGGAAUGCAAAUACCUACCCUUAUUGGAGUUUGGGGUAAAUUCGACUACGACGCAGAAUUGGGGACCUGUUCCAUCGUCCCCGAUGACAACGGCCGAUCGGCGAAGACUGCCCUUUUCGUCAUCGCGUUCAUUGUUCCGGCUUUGCUCAUAUUGAUUUGCUAUGCACGAAUAUUCUGGGUGGUUCACAGUUCCGAACAGCGCAUGCGCGAACACCACAGAUCACAGACCAGUCAAGGUACACUAAACAAUGGCAGCGAUGUAAAGCGAUCUACAAUCAAAGACACGCGCGAAACUAAAGCCAGGCGAAAUGAAUGGAGGAUCACGAAAAUGGUCCUCGCCAUUUUCCUGUCUUUUCUAGUCUGCUAUCUACCAAUUACUAUUGCAAAGGUGGCUGAUAGUCAUGUACAUUAUCCUGUGUUCCACAUCACCGGCUACCUUCUGUUGUACGCGAGCGCAUGCGUGAAUCCCAUCAUCUACGUGAUAAUGAACGCGCAAUACCGAGCUGCGUACGCGGCGGCACUGUGCUGCCCUCUAGCGAGGCUGACCGGCCUCACGAGCGAGAAAUGGAACGAGCGUCACGGGUACAGCUUCAGCAACACACGAACGGUGCUCAGCCAAGUGUCACUGGGAGAGUCCAGAGUGGACCCUCGGGGCAUUUCCGCACCAGGCAGAUAA